CGAAUCACGUGUAGAGCAACCGUUUAUCGUCAUGUCUCUGCUGUAGCAGGGCGCCGUGCUAGGUUUUAUUAUUUGCCUCCAGUUGUCGCUGCACUUUGUUUUGACAGCUGCUUGUUUUCUUUUCUCGUACAUUUUUACCGAAGAAUGAGUGAAAACGAUGACAUCGAAGUCGACAGCGAUGCGGACAAGCGAGCACAUCACAACGCGCUGGAGCGCAAACGCAGGGACCACAUUAAAGACAGCUUUCACAGUUUACGAGAUUCUGUGCCUGCAUUACAAGGGGAAAAGGCUUCCCGAGCACAGAUUCUUGACAAAGCCACGGAGUACAUCCAGUACAUGAGGCGAAAAAACCAUACCCACCAGCAAGACAUCGAUGAUUUAAAGAAGCAGAACGCACUGCUGGAGCAGCAGGUUCGUUCACUGGAGAAGGCCAAGGGGAACACUCAGCUCCAGACAAACUACUCUUCUGACAGCAGCUUGUACACAAACCGCAAAGGGAGCGCUGUGUCCGCCUUCGACGGCGGGUCCGACUCCAGCUCUGAAUCAGAGCCGGACGAGCCGCCCAACAGAAAGAAGCUGCGUGUGGAGCCCAGCUAGACUCAGGCGGCUUCCAGCUUUUGAGACAGACUCUUUUUACCCACCAGCCCCAGCUCCUCUUACCUGUCUGCACUGAGUCCUGCCUUCUUACGCCAGUCCAGGAGACACGGUGGUGACUGUGUGAGAGAGGUGCUGUUAUGUAUAAAACGCUUCUACCUUCCUUUAUCCUCCUGGCAAGCAUCCCGUCACUCCUUUUGUGGCCCAGCAACAACUUUUAAGAUCCCCAAAGUGAGGCAGCUCUGCAGUUUUGAAGAACUUGAUGCUUUUAAAACCUCAUGGUAUCCAUUCGUAAUCAAAUGUGGAAAUGACAAGGUAUGAGGCUUUAGUAAAGCUACAAAAAAUAACUUUUUCUUUGUUUUGGUUGUUUUGAACAACCUCUGCAAUCUGUUAGAGUUGUGAAACUUUCCCGCCUUUGACAAAUGCUAAUUAGGGAUAGUUUACCUUUUUAAUAUUCAUAUUUUUCCAGAAAAAGAAUGUGAAGUUGCUUUUGAAAAAACUGUCUGUUAUGCAAGAUGCAACCCUCCUUAUUCAGUGUAGGUGGCUGAAGUUUUUGUCUUUGAGAUGUUUGUGUAAUCAAAUGAAUCCCUCUAUUUAUAGUGUUGCACCAAAAUUAAUUUCUUACCCUUAUAUAUAUAUAUUCUUAUGUCUGAUCUCCAUUACGUUUGGCUUGAGAUUUUCCAGAGAACAUGGGAGGAUGAACGAGUUGACCUGCUGUUUUGGUGGAUUUUCACAGGUUCAACAGUCCUCUAUUUUUAUUAUUAUUAAAUAAAAUGUGGGUAUACAAAAAAAAAUCCCCUAAUGGAUACUGAAUGUUACACAAUGCAGUUAAAGGGCAGUGAUCUUUAUUUUUGUUAAUGGAAGUCCAUUUCAGUGUGUAGUAUAUAACACUGUAUACUCUUAAAUGGUGUCAGUUCUGCAAAGAAAAAGCCUUCCCUUGAAAUACUUGCCUGUACUGGGAACGUUUAUCUUUCUUUUGUUCUUUUUUCCUUUUUGCAGAGGUAAAUUAGUGUGUACGUAAUCGAUAUUUGUUUGUUCCAUUCCAUGGAAAUUACAGGUAUGUUGUACAUACUGCCAACGGUUGUCUUGCAAGUUAAGGCGUACCUUUAUUAUGAGACUAUAAAUAAAACUAUUUUAUCCUUUUUGGAUGUA